AUGUCAAGUCCAUGUAUCUAUGAACACGUCAAGAACGCUGUACAAGAGGCCCAUGGGGACUAUGGAAGGGCUUGUCUUGCCCGAUCUUUUAGAGGUACACUUUCAAUUUAUUUGCUUAAGUGAGCAAAGUCAGUUAAGGAGCAUAAAACUAUCUGUGCUUAGCCUUUUAAAAAAGGUACCUUUCUCCACCUCCCCUCUUCCACACUCAGGUGUUUUCUUUAAGAGGUCUUCUUUUUGCAGCUCCUUCUCUACUUUGAUUGGUUUUAUUGUUUUCAAUUUUAGUUAAGUAUGUAAACCCAGUUACUGGGGUGGCCUUUAUUGGUUGCGGUAGAGAUAACUACAGGAUGCUUUGGUCAUCAAUCACCUUUAUCAAGAAGAUACAGAAUAAGCGAUGCAUGUGCCGAGUGCUUCAUGUAGGAGGUAAACCUUGUUACAUGUAUAGUAAAAUAAUUUUAUGGUCACAUGGUUGUUGUGCUUUGUGUUUAAAAAGCCAUACAGAACAAAUCCCCAGUCUUCUGCAUAGAUUACCCAAUUUCCUGGAUAUUAUAUAGCCACACUGACAAAAAACCUCUCUAACUUUUUGAGAGAAGUAUUGUUAGGUUAAAUAUCUUUGUAUGUUGUGUGCUGUUUGUUGUUGUUGUUGGGGGUGAUGGAAAUUUUUGCCAUAAAGGAUAAAAUUUUAGAUCCUCAAGGGCUGGUACCUUGAAAAGACUAUUUUAUAUAAUAUAUCCUUGUAACUCACAUUCUAUUCCUUUUUAGGGACACUUCGGUCAUGUCAGAAAUUCGUCAUUCGUCACAAUAAAGAGCAAUUACUGCAGUUACUAGAGCAGUGUAAAACUCCAGGUAUGUUUAGGAGUUGUUAGUGCAAACUUUACCGGAAUUUACAUGUAAUUAUCGUUUGUAUAACAGCAGAAAUAAAAUUGCGGCCAAGAAGACUGCAGUAUAACAGUGACUGGCAUCUAAAUCUCCUCAUUUAAUGACUGUUUAUUAAACCACAAUGUCCCAAAAAUAAAGAAGACAAUCACCUACUCUGAAAUAUCUGAGUCAAACAUCUACUUUACCAAAAAGAUCCAUCAUGCAAUAUUGAGCAUUUUAGACCAACAAGGAGGUGAAUGCACAAUAAGGAUGAAACAAAUCCAAGAAGAAAGCAACAGAUUAUUCAUAUCAAUCCUACAGUACAGUGUAGAGAUAAGCAGCCAAAACACUCUUGAAAAGCACAAGCUCACUUUUUGCCUUAAUGCAACUGUGUUAAUGUAUUUAAAGCAUGUCAUUAAAACUACAGUAGCUUUUGCUCUAAUUUUAUUCACCAGUUAAACAUUCCCUUGUCCCCCUUUGUUUUCCCAAACGAAAGAUAAAAAAUAAGAAAUGUCCCCAAACUACCAAUAUGCAUGAAUAGCAUUUGAAUAUGCUAUUUCUAGUUAUGGACUGACAACUUACCUUAUUAAGGUGGCUAGACCAAAUAUUUUAAUAGGCACACCCUCCAUACUUGAAUCUCUUAUACUCUAUAUAGUAAGUGAUCUUUAAUGUAAAAUCAUUAUGACACAUGGAUUACACUAAGACUAAACUUUAUCAUGAUAUUAUUUUUUGGGCAAUCAGAAUAAAAUGUUGUGUGACAAUUUUCUAUCAAUUAUUGUACUGUACAUGUUUUCAAAAACUCCAUUGACGAAUUUUGUUUUAAUCGCUGUUUUCAUGAAAGUAGCCUUAGAUGUUACAAAAAGAGCUCAGCAUUGUGUUUUCCCCCUGAUUUAUAUGUUUUCAUGAGUUUCGGAAUCGUGCAAGUGUACUUGCAUUCAGCAGCAUGUAGAGUGUAUAAUUCAUUCAUUUGCAAAAUGAAUGAGGAUAAAACCUUUUUUGGAAACAUCCAAAAAGUUUAAGGAUAAGAGAUUCAAAGAUGGAGAUGGUGCCCAUUAAAAUACUGGGUCGAGCCACCUUAAAUCAUAGACCAACCUUUCAGGUACUCAAGGAUUCUUUUUCUCCGUUUGUUUUUUUCUUUAGGUGAACAAAGGAAAGUUGCAAAAGCAAUUGAUAAGGCUGAGAAAUAUGAAAUGUCCUUGGACCCAAUUGAAGUCAUGAAAAGAAAAGCAAGUGCAAAGAAAAGUUAUAGCAAGCCUUCUUUAGAAGAAUUUGACACUGACUGA